UUGACAAGGUUUUUUUUCCCAAAGCCAUAAAGUGGAGGUGGGCACUCAGUGCUGAGAGGGAGCAUCGGUGCGCAACCUGCGGUGCUGUGUGUGGACGCAGCGCCGUGAGCCCCCGAAACAUCCCGGCGCAGCGAGCUGGAGCCCAGCGGGGAGCCUUUAAGAAGCAAAACCAUAUUUGUGCCACAGAAGGUUAAUUAGAGGGAAAAAAACCGAGUGUUUCAAAGAGCCUUUGGAAGUCCAGUUGUGAAGUGCCCGGAAUACCAGACUAAUUGGAGUCACUCCUCUCUUCCAUAUGCAUCUUCUACCCAAUGUCGUUAAAAAAGAGUUGGGAUUAGAGGUUGUACCUUGAAAAGGAAGUCUUCUAUUAACUGGUGAUUGCAUGAGAGGCUUAUUUGCCCUUGGCAACUGAAGAUGAUGUUGCUAUGGAAACUACUGUUACUACUAUCAUUCAUUGGCUGCCUAGCAGAGAAUGGCAAGCCACAUGGGCCAGUUUUUAUCCAUGAGCCAAAUGACGUUGUGUUUCCUGUGGAUUCUGAAGAAAGGAAGGCCACGCUAAACUGUGAAGCAAAAGGGAAUCCAACACCACAUUACAGAUGGCAAAGAAAUGGUACAGACAUUGACAUAAACUUGGAUUAUCGUUAUAGUUUGAUUGGUGGCAGCCUGGUGAUCAAUAGCCCAGUGAGGACCCAAGAUUAUGGAACCUAUCAAUGCUUUGCAACAAAUUCGUUUGGCACAAUCGUGAGCAAAGAAGCAAAGCUUCAGUUUGCAUAUCUUGAAAACUUCAAGGGAAAAUCAAGAAAUAAUGUGUCUGUCCGAGAAGGACAAGGAGUUGUGUUGCUCUGUGGUGCCCCAUCACAUUCUACAGAACUGAAAUAUGCUUGGAUAUUUAAUCAAUUUCCAACCUUUGUGGAACAAGACAAUCGUCGCUUUGUGUCUCAAAAAACUGGUAACUUGUAUAUAUCGAAAGUGGAGAUUUCGGAUGUUGGUGCUUAUAUCUGCGAGAUAGAAAACACAGUAACUAAUAAGAGGGUUCUGAGCCCACCCACUCCUUUGGUACUACGUACUGAUGGGGUAAUGGGUGAAUAUGAACCAAAGAUUGAAGUUCGUUUUCCAGAAAUAGUUUUUGCAGCAAAAGGAUCGACAGUGAAAUUGGAAUGUUUUGCUCUGGGAAAUCCAGUCCCAACAAUCAGUUGGAGAAGAAUUGGUGGUUCAUUUUCUGACAAGAUCAAGGCAAACAAAACAUAUGGUGUACUUGAAAUCCCAAACUUCCAGCAGAAGGACUCAGGCACAUAUGAAUGCACUGCUGAAAAUUCAAGAGGAAAGAACACGGCGAGAGGACAGCUGGUUUUUUAUGCACAGCCUAACUGGAUUCGGAACAUAACAGAUGCUUAUGUACCCAUUGAAGAAAGUUUUCAGUGGGUUUGCAAGGCAAAUGGAGACCCAAAACCUUCACACAGAUGGUUGAAGAAUGGUGAACCCCUUAUAGUAGAGGAAAGGAUUCGGGUAGAAAAGGGAGCACUUACCAUCCGUGCUGUUAACUUGUCAGAUUCUGGCAUGUAUCAGUGCCUGGCUGAAAACAAACAUGGAGUAAUUUAUCUCAGUGCUGAGCUUCGAGUUAUGGCAUCAGCUCCUGAUUUCUCAAUGAGCCCCUUGAAGAAAUUAAUAGCUGUUAGCGUGGGUGGUGAGGUCAUCAUUGAAUGUAAACCAAAAGCUUCCCCAAGAGCAACAUUCUCUUGGAUGAAGGGAAAUGUGAUUCUGCCAGAAAAUGAAAGAAGAAUUAUCCUGGAGGAUGGUAGUCUCAGAAUAGCUAACGUGACAAAGAAGGACGGUGGGCACUACACCUGCAUUGCUCGGAAUCCUUUUGGGUCAGCCAACAGCACAGGAACAUUGAUGGUGAAAGAUCGAACGAGAAUUACUAUUCCACCUUCGGAUAUGGAUGUCACAGUGGGUGAAAGUACAAUCUUACCAUGCCAAGUUUCCCAUGACCCUUCAUUGAAUGUUGAAUUCUCGUGGUCUUUUAAUGGACAACUUAUAGACUUCAGAAGAGAUAGAGAACAUUUCGAAAAGGUUGGAGGGCAGGGAUCCUCUGGUGAUUUGAUGAUCAGAAACAUUCAGCUUAAGCAUGCUGGUAGAUUUGUUUGCAUGGUCCAAACUACUGUGGACAGUGCGUCAGCUGCAGCUGAUCUGAUUGUCAGAGUUCCACCAGGUCCACCAGGGGGUGUGAUAGUGGAGGAAAUUACAGAUACCACAGCUCAACUCUCUUGGAGUCCUGGUAUUGACAACCACAGCCCAAUCUCAAUGUACACUGUGCAGGCAAGGACUCCCUUUUCAGUAGGUUGGCAAGCUCUUAAAACAGUUCCUGAGGUCAUUGGAGGUGAUGCUGUAACAGCAACUGUGAUCGACUUAAGUCCCUGGGUGGAAUAUGAAUUCCGAGUUGUUGCUAGCAACAGCAUUGGUAUUGGGGAACCAAGCUUACCAUCUGAAAAAUCAAGAACAGAAGAAGCCCUUCCUGAAGUAGGUCCAGCUAACGUAAGUGGGGGAGGUGGCAGUCGAUCAGAACUGGUAAUAACUUGGGAGCCUGUGCCUGAAGAGUUACAAAAUGGUGAAGGCUUUGGAUAUGUUGUUGCUUUUCGACCAAUUGGAGCAACAAGUUGGAUGAAGGCAGCAGUAACAUCAGCAGAUGCAUCAAGAUAUAUUUUUAGAAAUGAAAGUGUUCCGGCCUUCUCUCCCUAUGAAGUAAAGGUUGGAGUUUACAACAACAAAGGCGAAGGACCUUACAGCUCAGUAAUCACUGUGUAUUCAGCUGAGGAAGAGCCCACUGUAGCACCGUUCAAUGUCUCAGCCAGAAGCCUGUCAGCCUCUGAAGUCCAAGUUUUCUGGGAAGCUGUUCCUUGGGAGACAAACAAAGGAAAAGUGCGGGGUUAUGAGAUAUGGUACUGGACAGAUGAUGAAAAUGAAGAAGUAGCAAGCAAAGUGAGAUCAAAUGGAAACAAUACUUCAGCAAAAGUCACAGGAUUAAAGGGCAGCACCCUUUAUUACCUGGUAGUUACAGCAUACAGCAGUGCUGGAACAGGGCCUGCCAGUCUUCCAGUUAACGUCACAACGAAGAAACCACCACCAAGUCAAGCUCCUGGAAAAAUUUGGUGGAAAUCAGCUAGCUCCAGAGUUGUUCUAAACUGGGACCAUGUCAAAGCAAUGGAAAAUGAAUCGGAAGUGACAGGAUAUAAAGUUUCAUACAGAAAUAACAGACAAAGUAGUACAAAGGUGAUAGAAACCAAUAACACAUCUGUGGAACUUCUACUACCCGAUGAUGCUGACUAUAUCAUUGAAGUGAAGACAUUCAGUGAUGGUGGAGACGGAAUCAGCAGUGCUCAAAUCAGGAUCCCAAGAAUGUCAUAUUCAGAUGGUGGAAGAUCUGGAACCUCAGCAUCAAACACUUGUACACUGUCAGCCUUUAGCACAAUAGUGCUAUCUUUGUCAGCCAGAUCAGCAAUUAUGGUGAAAACAUACACUGACUUACCUGACAUCCUAUAACAGUCAAAGAUU